AUGUCGAGCAUGCGUAACGCCGUUCAACGGCGGAACCACAAAGAGCGUGGUCAGGUCUCAGGCCGUGAGAAAUGGGGUCUCCUUGAAAAGCACAAGGAUUACUCGCUUCGCGCAAAAGACUACAAUGUCAAGAAGGCUAAGCUGAAGCGCCUCGAAGAGAAGGCGCGCAAUCGCAAUGUCGACGAGUUCAACUUUGGUAUGAUGGGAGGCAAGAACCGGACCCAGGGCAAGCAUGGAAGUGGAGUAGGAACUGCUCGCGACUCUGCCGCAGCACAGGGCCUCAGUCACGAUGCGAUCAAACUCCUCAAGACACAAGAUAAGGGAUAUCUCCGGACAGUUGGAGAGCGAGUGCGCCGCGAGAUCCAGCGCCUCGAGCGGGAAGUGGAGUUGCAGGAAGGAAUGGACAAGUCGCUGGGCAAGAAGGACGGGAAGAAUGAUGAGAGCAUGGAUGAAGACGAAUUCGACGAUGAUGACUUCGAUUUUGGUGCUCCUCCGUCGCAAUCCAAGCCACGCAAGACGGUGUUUGCCGAUGAUCGACAGGAACAAUUAGCUAUGAAGAAGCGGAGGCUACAAAAGGAUGAGUCUGAAUCAGAUGAAGAAGAGCAGACAACAACCAAAGGCCGCAAGACUCCCAAGCAGCUCGAGUCUGAGCGGCAAGCACUUGUGGAAGCUCGACGGGCUCGCAAGCUCCGCAAACGUGCCAUAGAGGCCCGUCAGAACAAGUUGACGGCACUCCAUAAGCAACACGCAGAGAUCCAGACCGCAGAGAAAGAACUUGACUGGCAGCGGUCUAAGAUGGACAACUCGGUUGGAGGCACCAACAAGGACGGCAUCAAGUGGAAGAUCCGUGAGCGCAAGCGCUGA